GGUUUCGAGGAGCUCCUACAGGUUCUUAUAGUAACACAUCGGGACCCCUGGAGACCACUCGGCUCUGAGCCUCCUUUCCUCCGCGGCAGUCUUGCAGGGCUCUGUUCGCCUGCUCCUGUCGAGAUGAUGAAACCCCCUGGAUAGAAGGGCCCUAGAGUUCUGCCCUCGAGGCUUUUAGUAUCAGCAAUGUCUCCCACCUGUAGCUCCUCACUCGUCAGCCAUCUCCAGCUCUCGCGUCCCCGGGCUGCGGCUCCCGGCGCCUGAGGUCUACUCUCCGGUGACCCCAGUACCCACCAUGGCCCCCCUCAACUCCUACAUGACCCUGAACCCUCUGAGCUCUCCCUACCCACCGGGGGGGCUCCCUGCCUCCCCACUGCCCACUGGACCCCUGGCGCCCCCAGCGCCCACAGCACCCCUGGGGCCCACCUUCCCAGGCCUGGGUGCCAGCGGUGGUGGCGGCAGCAGCUCAGGGUAUGGGGGCCCGGGACCAGGGCUGGUGCAUGGGAAGGAGAUGCCGAAAGGGUACCGGCGGCCCUUGGCACAUGCCAAGCCGCCAUAUUCCUACAUCUCGCUCAUCACCAUGGCCAUCCAGCAGGCGCCGGGCAAGAUGCUGACCCUGAGCGAGAUCUACCAGUGGAUCAUGGACCUCUUCCCCUACUACCGGGAGAACCAGCAGCGCUGGCAGAACUCCAUCCGCCACUCGCUGUCUUUCAACGACUGCUUCGUCAAGGUGGCGCGCUCUCCAGACAAGCCGGGCAAGGGUUCCUACUGGGCCCUGCACCCCAGCUCAGGUAACAUGUUUGAGAAUGGCUGCUACCUGCGCCGCCAGAAGCGCUUCAAGCUGGAGGAGAAGGUGAAGAAAGGGGGCGGCGGGACCUCCGCCUCCAGGAACAGUGCGGGGUCAGCCUCGUCGACCACCACCCCUGCUGCCACAGUCGCCUCUCCGCCGCAGGCCCAGCCUCCAGCCCCCGAACCUGAGGCCCAGGGUGGGGAAGAUGUGGGGACUCUGGACUGUGGCUCACCCCCUUCCUCCACACCCUACUUCACUGGCCUGGAGCUCCCGGGGGAGCUGAAGCUGGAUGCACCCUACAACUUCAACCACCCUUUCUCCAUCAACAACCUGAUGUCGGAACAGACACCACCAGCACCUCCCAAACUGGACGUGGGAUUUGGGGGCUAUGGGGCGGAGGGUGGGGAGCCUGGGAUCUACUACCAGGGCCUCUAUUCCCGCUCUCUGCUUAACGCGUCCUAGCAGGGGGGUGGGGGCGUGGUGGGUGGGGUAUGGCGGUAGCUCACACCGUCAGGCUCUCGGGGCCUGAUUCUCCUGGGGACACCUUGCUUGUCCUGUCAGUUCACAUCCUGGCCGGUCUGUUACUCACUGCGGUGACUGCCCUCUCUGUGGGCAUUGUGUUGAUCCACUGGCUACUGUGAUAACUGCCAUUGACAUCUUGGUGGGCCCGUUGAGUACUGUGAAGACUGCCAUGUUGAUUGAUGUUAUUGGUUGAUCUAUUGGGUGUCCUGAUGGCCACCAUCUGGGAUGACAUCUUGGUUGGCCCUUUGGGCGCCGUGAUGCACAUCCCCUUGGCUGAGCCUUUGGACGUGAUGGUGACGCUGGCCCACUGGGUGCUGUGAUCGCCACCAUCUUGACUGGCUGACAUAACCAGUGUACCACUGUGCAUCAUGGUGGCCACCAACAGCCCCUGUGCUGGCCAUGUCACCACUGUCUCUGGUGUGAGUUGAGUGAGGGAUGGCGAUGAGGAUACUCCUCGGUUUUUUCCUGGAGCCCAUCCCCCGCUCCGGUCCAGGAGAAACCAGAAAGGACUGGUUAGGGUGUGGGGAAUUUCUACUGAAGUCUGGUUCUUGCCUGGGAAGCGGGAUACUGGCUGUGUAUGACCAUUAAAGGCACCAUUUCUGCCUCUCA